AUGAUCUCAUCAAGCAGAAAAUUAAUUUCUCACCUAAGGACACAGCUAUUUAUUGACAACAAGUGGGUUAAUUCUAAGUCAGGCCAAACCUUUAAAACUAUAAACCCUGCAACUGAAGAAGUCAUUGCUGAAGUCCAAAGAGCAAGCACAGAAGAUGUCGAUUUAGCUGUAAAAGCAGCAAGAACCGCAUAUGAUAAUGGCCCAUGGCGAAGAAUGAGCGGCCGAGAGCGCGGCCAAUUGAUCCAUAAACUCACUGAUUUAAUCAUAAAAAACCAAGCCAACCUCGCUAAAUUAGAAACAAUUGACGGAGGCAAAACAAUCACUGACACUACAUAUGUAGAUUUACCUUUAACAAUAGACACAUACCGCCAAUACGCAAGUUUAGCUAAUAAUAUCAGAGGAAAAACAAUCCCAAUUACAGGCCCUUAUAAUUGCUAUACAAGAUAUGAGCCAGUCGGGGUAUGUGCACAGAUCAUCCCUUGAAAUUAUCCUUUACUUAUGCAGUGCUGGAAAAUGGCUCCUGCACUAGCAGCUGGCUGCACCAUGAUACUAAAACCAGCAGAACAGACCCCACUAACUGCUUUACAAAUCGGCGAUUUAAUAGUAGAAGCUGGGUUUCCAGAAGGAGUAGUUAAUAUUUUACCAGGAUUUGGAGACGUAGGGAGAGAUCUGACACUUCAUCCUGGGGUCGAUAAAAUUGCAUUUACAGGCUCAACUGAAGUAGGACUAGAAAUCCAAAGAAAUGCAGGCAUGAAUGGUCUGAAAAGAGUUUCAUUAGAAUGUGGAGGGAAAAGCCCAAAUAUAAUUCUUGAUGAUGCAGAUUUAGACUGUGCCGUUACAAAUGCACAUACUGGGAUUUUUGAUGCUGUCGGACAAUGCUGCAUUGCAGGGAGCAGAGUCUAUGUUCAAGAAGGAAUUUAUGACAAAUUCCUUGAAAAGUCUGUAGAGUUGGCUAAGGUAAGAAAAAUUGGUGACCCACUAGACCCUGAAACCCAGUCAGGUCCACAAAUAGAGGAAAGCUUAUUAGAAAAGAUUUUGGGAUAUGUCCACAAAGGCAAAAUGGAAGGAGCAAAACUUGUAAUCGGAGGAAACCGCUGGGGAAGCAAAGGAUAUUUCCUUGAGCCAAUCAUUUUUACUGAUGUAACUGACAAUAUGAGCAUAGCCCGAGAAGAAAUUUUCGGUCCAUUUAUGUCUAUUUUAAAAUUCAAAACAAUAGACGAAGUCAUAAAAAGGGCAAAUGAUACAAAAUACGGCCUUGGGGCAGGCGUCCAAACCACUAGCCUAGAAAAAGCAAUUAAAAUUGUAAACGGAGUCCGCGCAGGGAGCGUUUACGUAAACUGUUAUGAUUACACAACAGAAAACACUCCAUUUGGAGGAUUCAAACAGUCAGGAGUAGGAAGAGAAGUCACAGAAGAAGGGCUUGCGAACUAUUUAGAAUGCAAAACGGUCAUCAUAAAGACAUCCCAAGACACUUUGCCUUAA